AUGGAUUUACCCAAUGAGAACGCUUACAACUUUCGAGUUGUAAGCGACAAAACGGACGAGGGCGGCUUCGUUUCGGUUGCUAUACCGAAAGAAGCCCUCGAAUACCGAUUUGUGGAGGGAUACGGUUGGUGUGUUUGCAUAUCCGAUCUUCGGGAUGUUUCACAAGAUCCCCAAACAAGUGAUGAAGAUGAUGAAGAGGGAGUGAAUGCAAAGAUCUUGGCACUGGUGUUCGGUGGAAUUUUGCUUUCAUGUAUUAUUCCAAUGGGUAAGUGCUUGAUUUGGACGAUCUGGAUUGUAAGUUGGCAUACAACUACUUCUGCCCAGCACCAGUGGAGGACGUUGGAUGGUGGCAGCAGUCCAUCUCUGAAAUCAUCUACCCACAGCCAGUUGUGGACACCUCUUGGUGGGGAACCAUCAAGAGUGUCAUUUACCCACAACCAGUUGUGGACAACUCUUGGUGGGGAACCACCAAAAGGUGUUUCACCUGGCUGUGAAUGUAGUUACAAGUAUUUGAAUAAAACAUGUUUAACAUCGAAUUACUUUAACUAUGAUUACACGUCAACUGAAGAUGACCAAUGUGAUGAAAAUUGUAAAUCUAUUACUGGGUGUACCGCUUCAUUAUUUGAGGUCAAUUAUUGUCUUCAUUACAAAGCUCCAGUCAUCUUUGUGUCAAAUGAUCUAGAUCUAAAUCAAUGCAUUGAAAAGUGUAAGGAGAGGAGUGACUGUGUAACAUUGAACAGUUUUAUAGGUUUUUACAAUAUAUGCUUUUUAUUGAACGUUAGCCUGGCUGAGCUACCUGAUGGUUCGACAUAUGAAAGUAAUAGAUGUACCAUAGUAGAAAAAAUAUGUUAA